GCGCAGCAGAAUCUCCAGCCUAUCGCCUGUCAUCGGUGAAGGCGAUGGUCCUGGAAAAGCGUCCUGCCUCGGGAGGGGGAGUUUCACGCACAGCGCUCAAAAGACUCGGACACGCAGCGAUGAAGCGGCUCUGCGUGGAUUAAACCGCCGUCCCCAUGGCUCUGAGCGCGGGAAGCCGCAGCUGAAGCUCCGCGCGGAAGAAUAUGCUCCAGCCGAGCCGCAGCCGCAGCAGCAGCAGCAGCCCCUCCAGCCGCAGACUGCCCUCCUGCUAAGCGCCCUCCCGGAGACAGCCAGCAGGCUCCGUUCGCUCUGCGGUUCCUCCGCUCCUGACACCCGCAAACUCCGCUCCGCAGACCCACGACCCCCCCGGCAGAGGGAUGGCGGGGAAGCUGGCCGCCGCGCAGGGCUACGGGAUCCUGCUGGUGACAGCCAACGUUGGAUCUCUGUUCGAGGAUCCGGAGAACCUGCAGAAGACGUGGCUGCGGGAGUUUUACCAGACCAUUCAGUCGCACAAACCUCACUUCCUGGCGUUGCACUGUCAAGAGGUGGGGGGCAAGAACUACGAGGCGUCCAUGUCGCACGUGGGCAGCUUUGUCAAGGAGUUGCUGUCCAGUGACGCCCUAAAGGAGUACAACAGAGCCCGCGUCUACCUGGAUGAGGACUACAAAUCCAAGGAGCAUUUCACAGCUCUGGGAAGCUUCUACUUUAUCCACGAGACUUUGAAAAACAUCCAGCAGUUUGAUUUCAAUGCCAAGACAUUUGAGAAGGUGGUGGGAAGGGAGACGUGCUCAGAGACCCUGGAAAGCAGAUCCACACUGGAGAAGGCCAAGUUUCCCAAGGAUUACUAUCCACAGUGCAAGUGGUCCAGAAAAGGAUUCAUCAGGACUCGAUGGGCCCUGGCCGACUGCACCUUUGAUCUGGUCAACAUUCACCUUUUCCAUGACGCCUCCAACCUGGUCGCCUGGGAGAAAAGCCCGUCCGUCUACUCCACGACCAGGCAGAUGGCCCUGGGCUUCGUUCUGGACAGGAUUACGGACCAGCGGUACGAAAAGGUGCCAUUUUUUAUUUUUGGGGACUUUAACUUCCGGUUGGAUUCCAAACAAGUUAUUGAGAGUCUCUGUUCCACCGCCACCAUGCAGACGGUCAGAACCGCCAAGACCAACGAAGUUGACAAGCUAAUAUUCAGAGAAAGUGAUAACGACAAAAAGGUUGUUCUUCAACUUGAAAAGAAGCUUUUUAAUUAUGUCAACCAGGACGUUUUCCGGGAAAACAAUGGGACCUCACUUUUAGAGUUUGAUAAAGAACUGUCGUCAUUCAAGGAUCGGCUGAUUGAAAUGGAGAUCUCUUUCCCCCCCAGUUAUCCGUACAGUGAAGACAGCAAUCAGGGGAAGGAGUACAUGAACACCAGAUGCCCCGCGUGGUGCGACCGAAUCCUCAUGUCUCCGUCUGCCAGAGACCUGUUCUUGAAGCCUGAAAAUGAAGAGAAGUCUAUAAUGUAUGAUAACAUUGGAGCCAAUGUCUGCAUGGGGGACCACAAGCCCGUCUUCCUGUCCUUCCGAAUAGCAGCGGGGGCAGGUAAACCUAAUGCAAAUAAGCACAAGUGUUGUGUGGUGCAGUGAUUUCGUGGGAGGUGUUGCCAAAGGGGGGAGAACAUAUUCCGUGAAGCCCCUCUGUGAGAAGAUCACAGACGCACACGCACUCACGCACACAUCAUUUGCACAAGCCUACACUGAAAGCCCAAACUCCGUCAGCAGGGCUGCGCAGCCGCAGUCGCGCAGACCCCUCCUCGCCCUAAACCUUCAGUUUUCAACACUCUGUGACCCCUGAGGGCCCGGCUCCAGGACAGACGCAUCGCUGGCCUCCGCGUUGCCACGCAACCCCAAUUCCCAGAGAAAACAAAAGAACCGGACACUCUUCUCCCUCCGCAGCUUCAGCGAGAAAACUCUAAUGGAGGUUUACUACAUACUUGUACUGCCCGUUUUAGGUAGGCCUCUGUGUAUAGAAGCUACUCUCCAGAUAUUAUUUAAGGUGUUGAAAAAAGACCAGAAAAGUGCAAUGCAAAAAAAAGUUGUAUAUCUAGAUUACUAGGGUUAUUUGUACAUUUGACAGUAUAUAACAUAGAAGUGUUGUUGGUUUUAUCGCGCUCUGUCCUCUGACCAAACUCUGUGGUCCUUGUUGGAACCGUCUCUUCACCACGGCCACAUCAGUGGAGGCUUCUUCUUUUAUAUGCUUUACUUUUAAAAGAUAAUUUAUGAUUCUUACCAAAAUGUUUCUGCUGGAGCGAUGGAAGAAGGAGACGUUUGGGACAGUCAGCAAUGUUUUAAGCAGUGCCAUAGACCAUGCAAGUAUAUCUAAGAAAUUAUAUAAGAUCUGUUUGCCUAUAUAGCUCUCUCACGUAAUGCCAUUAUUCUAACUUAUUUCUAUAAGAUUAUGGUUCUGAAUGUUAGGUAGGCUUGGGUGUCCUUAAAAUGUAAGGGUUUUGUUUUUUCUUCAUGUUUGUUUACUGCAUUACGGUGCCAAGUAUCCCACACAGACGUGAUUGUGUAACGAGUCCUUAAGUCUGUCUGUAAAGGUGUAGAUUCUAAAGCUGUAAGAGAAACUCUAAAUGUGAGGAGAAAGCCUCGGCUUUCCCGCCGUUCCACUUCCUCCUGUGUUUUUGCAUCACUUCCUCUGCAACACUACAGCUUUCAGACCGUUCCAAGCCGCCAGCUCAUCCGAUUCCUGCCGCCGUCUGGAGCACAGCAGGUGGAAACUCUUCUGAGCUUGUUGCUGCGUUUAGUUUUCUCCUUUGGUGACUUUAGGUUAAAAAAACAGUAGGAGAAAAACAAAAUAAAAGGACAUUUUGUUUUUUUACGUGUAGACAAUUUUGAGUUUGCUUUAAGCUCCUGUUUUGUCUUCACUCCAUCAAAAGCACAUAGAGAUUUUCUUGGAGCCCCUCCUGGACGGCCGGCCUCUUUAGCUGAUGCAGUUCUCAAGCAAUAAAAACAUUAGAGCUCAA